AUGCUCGAUGAGUUCAGUAAUGUCGGCCGCUUUCUGAAUGCGACGGGACCAAAAAACUCCUCAAGCCCUGACAAGAAUUCUCUCAUAUUUCGGCUGUCGGCAUAUUGUUGUAGUUCUUCCGCCUUGCUUCUCCACUGGUCCUUAUGGAUGCCCCCUUUUGGCAAACUUUCUUUGGAUGAAUUCUUACUACCUAAAUAUACCUCCUACAUACGUAUAAACAUCUAUCUAUCUAUCUAUCUAUCUAUCUAUCUAUCUAUCUAUCUAUCUACAUCCCACUUCUUUUUCAUCUGCCUUGUCUUUUUUAUAUCGCCCUUUUCAUCUUCUUUGCGCCUUUCCUUUUUCAUCAUCAUCAUCAUCAUCAUCAUCAUCUUCUUCUUGGUCUUCUCGUUUCUUUCCCUCCUCCUCGACCUUCUCAGUUUCUCCCUCCUCCUCCAUCUGUUUCUUCUUAGUAAACUCUGUUUCUCAUUCUACUGCUUUCUCUUCAUUCUCAACCCGCUCGUUAUCUCUCCACCUCUUCUUUCUCCUUUUGGCCUUCUCUUUUCCUCUCUCUUCCCCCUUUUUCUUGUCCUCCUCGUUUUCUCCCUCCUCCUCCUCCUUCUUCUUGCCUCUCGUUUCCUCCUUCACACUGUUCUUGGCCUUCACAUUCCCUCCAUUAUGCUCCGUCUCCUCAUUCUUUUGGCCUUCUUGAUUUCUUCCUCCUCCCCUUCAUCAUUUUUAUCCUCCUUGUUUUCUCCCUCCUAUUUCUUGGCCUUCUUAUUUCCUCCUUUCUCCUCCUCCUCCUCCUUUUGGCCCUAUCGCUUUCUCCCUCCUCCGCCUUCUUCUUGGUCUUCUCGUUUCUCCCUCUUUCUUCUACUUGGCCUUCUCCCUUCAGUUUCUGCCUUUUCCCCCGCGUCCUUCUUGUCUUCUCGCUUUCUUCUUUUUCAAAUCUUCCUGCUUCUUCCCUCGCCGUCUAAUCUUCCGCCCACUUUUUUAUCGUUCACCUUUUAUAUUUCUCUUCAUCCAUUAUGUCUUCUUUUUAACCCUCCAUUUCUUCUUCUUCUUCUUCUUCUUCUUCUUCUUCUUCUUCUUCUUCUUCUUCUUAUCCUCCACCUCCUCCCCCUUCUUCUUCUUCUUAUCCUCCUCCUCCUCCUUCUUCUUCUUGCCUCCACCCUUUUAUCUCCCCCUCCUGUGCGUUUUUAUUGUCCUCAUCGUCUUCUUUUUUUCCUUCACUCAUCUUUCUUUAUUUUCUCAUCUUUUCACUCACUUUCACUAAUUACUUCUUCUUACUUUUUCUUUGCCUCUAUCGCUUGA